UGUUGUUAAAACUUAAAAAUUCAAAAAUAAUGUCAGAAGCUACAUUGUCUACCCAUUCCACUGUUGCAUCUACAUCUUUUGAUUGGGACAAGAUAGAAUGGUCUAAAUUCAGUCCUGAGGAGAGACACAGGUUACGUCACCGGAUGAUAGAGGAGAAGCACAGAGGUCAUGACCUGAUGCAUGCUGAAAUGAUAUUAAUACUGUUUGCAUCUAUUGGGGUAGCACAAGUACUCCUCUUCUUAUGGAGAAUAAAACACAGGAAAUCCUACCAGGCCAUUACCUUAUUAGGAAUGUGGAUAAUUCCAUUUUAUUUGUGUGUUCGGUUGAGUUUCUGGAGGAUGAUCAUCGCUACUAGGAAGAAGCUUCAUGUCAACACUCCAAG